AUGUCUAACAGCAUCCCCACCUCCACCUUUGUCAGUGAGUCGGCCGUCAUCGAGGCGCCCUUCAGUGACGUCUGGCACCUCAUCAAGCUCCAGGACUUCAGCAAGUUCUGGUCCAAGCUUGAGAAGAGCGAGUUUGUAAAGGGUGUGUCAGAGGAGACCGACAUUGUCAAGUGGUCGUUCAAGGAUGGCACCGUUCUAGAGGUGAAGCAGGAGGAGCACUCGAGCAUCGACCACUACAUUACAUACAGCGUCAUCUCGUCGCAGCCUGAGCUCUCCUAUUCUUCCGUGGUCUCCACCAUCCGCGCAUACCCCAUUACUUCUGGCAAGCACGAGGGCCAGACCUUUGUCACCUGGACUGGCAACUUCUCGAGCGACGCUGAUGCCAGCGCGAUUCAAGAUGCCAAGUACAAGCGUCGCGAGGCUCUGCAGGAUCUCGCCCAGGCCGCUUCCAAGAAAUAG